CCACUUCCCAAAUCUGUAAUCUUUGCCGGAAAAUGAUUUGUGGGAUUAUUAUGUCCUUAAUUAAACCUAAUUAGGCCAUAAUUAUCCCCGGUCAGGCCAUUGGGUGGAUCCUUCCGUUCUCUCCUGAACCCCUCUUUCUCUCUCUCUUAAUUCUCUCUAUUUAAGCUCUCUCUCUUAACUAUUAAUUUCUCUUCAUUACCCUUCUCUGAAUAAUAAUAUCGUAGACAAAAUUUUAUUCUUUUUGAAAUAUUCAAUACAAUGUUUAAUUUCUGUACUUGUAUGAGUUUCAAGCAAGAGCCCUGCAGCGAUGAAGAACGAGGGAAGGAUUCGCCUGUGAGGAAAAGAGAUUUUAAGAAGGGUAUACAUGAGAUCAUGUGUAUUAAUAACCCUCCUUUGAGGGUUUCCACAUCUGAACGUGGAGACUACGGGGAUGAUCGAGUCAUUAAUCUUGACGCCGGAGACCCAACAAUGUACGAAACGUAUUGGAAGAAAAUGGGGAAGAAAGCAACUAUGGUGAUCCCAGGUUGGCGAUCCAUGAGUUACUAUUCCAACGGCCGGAGUCUUUGCUGGUUUCUCGAGCCGGAUUUAUGCCAGCAAAUUCUCCGUUUACACCGUGUCGUUGGCAAUGCCAUAACCGAAGGUCGCUACAUCGUCGUCGGGAACGGCUCCUCCCAGCUUAUACUGGCUGCCCUUUACGCUCUUUCUUCCCCCGAAUCUUCUGAGCCUACCGACGUCGUCUCCGCCGUCCCCUACUACUCCUCGUAUCCGUCAAUGUGUGAUUACUUAAAAACAGCCCUUUUCAAAUGGGGUGGAGAUGCGAGCAAAUACGAGAAAGAGGGAUCUAAUUACAUUGAAAUCGUGACUUCACCAAAUAACCCGGACGGUUCAUUACGUGAACCGGUGGUGAACCGGAGUGGAGGCAAAUUGUUGCAUGAUCUUGCUUAUUACUGGCCUCAUUACACUUCUAUUACUGCUCCCGCUGACUUCGAUGUCGCAUUGUUCACUGCCUCUAAGUGCACUGGCCAUGCCGGUUCUCGUAUCGGGUGGGCACUUGUUAAAGAUCCAGAAAUAGCAAUGAAAAUGGUGAAGUUCAUUGAGCUAAACACAAUCGGGGUGUCUAAAGAUUCACAACUCCGAGCGGCGAGGAUGCUAAGUAUAGUAUCAGAUAGUUGUGAGCAGUUUGGGAGUACUAAUGUCUCAGACAAUCGAGGAGAAUCCUUUUAUGGGUUCGGCCACCGCCUCAUGACGGAGAGAUGGUGUCGCAUCAGGCAAGCUGUUAAACACGGCGGAAUGUUCACUCUCCCUGAAUUCCCAACUGCUUAUUGUACCUUCCUUCACCAACCUACCGAAUCCCGACCUGCUUUUGCAUGGCUAAAAUGUGAAGACGAAGAAGAAGAUUGUGCAGGUUUACUAAGACGUCAUAAAAUAUUAGGUCGAAGUGGAGUCAGUUUUGGGUGCAGCCCUCAAUUCGUACGUGUCAGCAUGUUGGACCGUGACGACAACUUCGACUUGUUGGUUCAAAGGAUAUCGAAAAUCACUGCUGCCCCUAAUAAUUCUGAACGACACUGAUGAUCCCUAAACGACAUGUCGAUCCCCCAUUUCAACUAAUUGGGAGGUGAUUAAUUAAGGAAGGAUCAUACACAAAUUAAAAGGAAUAGAGAACCCGAGCAGCUGGAGGAGACCCGGGAAGUUGAAGCCCAAUUCUAUAUAUAUAUAUAUAUAUAUUUUAUAUAUAUACACAUAUUUUUUUUAUAUAUUUUAAAUACUUUAGGUUAAUCUUACUUUACUAAUUACCCGCAAAUCUUGUAAUACGAAGUAUUUUCAAUUUUGUUAUCUCCC